CUGGAGUCGCUUACUAUCGACGUCACAGUUCAUGCGACAGUGUUAAGUUCGGAAGGCAACCUUUCCCAACGUGUUAAUAAUAAACUAACUACAGUAUUACUCUGAUCAAUCUCAUUUCCCCCUCCCGAGAGAGAGACACGGAAAUAUUAAAACCCAGACAAGAUGCGGUUGUUAAUAAGUCGAGCGGUGUUGUGGGGAACGAUGAGACCCCGGUGUCGGUACUUCUCUGUGUCACAAAACAACCGGAACGACAGAAAGGGUCUGGUGCUCGGCGUGUACGAGAGAGAGAAGGAGGACGACUCUCUCCAUCUGACAGAAACAGCAGCUGGUGUCGACAGACUUCUGUCUGGACGACUGACUGAGCUGCUCAAGAUAUCAGGACCAGGUCUGAAGAAAGGGAAGAGCAGAAUAUUCUACGGACUUCAUGAGGACUUCCCAUGCAUAGCAGUAGUGGGUCUAGGGAGGACCUCUCUGGGUGUGUGUGGAACAGAGUACUGGGACACCUGUAAGGAGAACAUCAGGACUGCUAUAGCAGGAAGCUGCAGGGUCCUCCAGGACCAUUCGGUGACCCAUAUAGAGGUGGAUGGGUGUAAUGACAGCCAGUCUGCAGCAGAGGGCGCUGUUCUGGGGCUGUUUACUUACGAUGACCUGAAAACCAAGAAGAAGACCAGAGUCACCACAAAGCUGCACGGCAGUGGCUGUGUGUCUGGCUGGGAGAAGGGCGUGUUGUACGGAGAAGGUCAGAACUUGGCCCGUUACCUGAUGGAAGCUCCAGCCAAUCAUGUCACUCCGUCAGUCUUCGCUGACACCAUCACGAACAGACUGGUUCCCUACGCCGACCAUGUUACCGUCCAUAAGAGGUCUCAGGAGUGGAUAGAGGAGCAGCAGAUGGGAGCUUUCCUCAGUGUUUCUAAAGGCUCAGAGGAACCGCCGGUCUUCCUGGAGCUGCACUACAACGGUUGUCCUGACAACACACAGCGUCCUCUACUGCUGGUGGGCAAGGGCAUCACCUUUGACAGUGGUGGGAUCAGUCUAAAGCCUUCGUCAGGUAUGGACGCUAUGAGGGCUGAUAUGGGCGGAGCCGCCACUGUGUGUUCCGCCAUCGUCACGGCAGCGGCCCUCAAUCUGCCAAUCAACAUCAUAGGUGUAGCACCUCUCUGUGAGAACAUGCCCAGUGGGAAAGCCAACAAGCCUGGAGACGUCGUCACCGCCAAGAACGGAAAAACCAUACAGGUGGACAACACGGACGCAGAGGGAAGGUUGAUCCUGGCAGAUGCUCUCUGUUACGCUCACAGCUUCAACCCCAGGGCCAUCGUCAACGCUGCCACCCUCACCGGAGCGAUGGAUGUUGCUCUGGGUUCAGCAGCGACAGGAGUCUUCACCAACUCUGACUGGCUCUGGGAACAGCUUCACAAGGCCAGUGUGGUAACGGGAGACCGGGUCUGGAGGAUGCCGUUGUUUCAGCAUUACACCAGACAGGUCACUGACUGCCAGCUGGCUGACCUCAACAACGUCGGCAAGUACAGCCGUUCUGGCGGGGCCUGCACGGCGGCAGCGUUUCUGAGGGAGUUUGUGACGGCCACUCAUUGGGCGCACCUGGACAUCGCCGGGGUGAUGACCAAUAAGGACGAGGUUCCCUACCUGAAGAAAGGAAUGUCUGGGCGACCGACACGAACACUGGUAGAGUUCGCUGCUGGACUGGCUAACCAAGACUGAAGACACACACACACACACCACACCUACACACACUGAGCUGGCUGGAGAAGGAUUAUUCUGUAGAGACAGAGACUGUGGUACUGUGUAGAAUCACAGACUGCUUCCCAAAUAGCACCUUAUUCCCUACCCAUAGGAGUCUGGUCAAAAGUAGUGCACUACCCACAGGACCGGUGAAAAGUAGUGCACUAUAUAUAUAUAUAUAUAUAUAUAUAUAUAUAUAUAUAUAUAUAUAUAUAUAUAUAUAUAUAUAUAUAGGGAAUAGGCCCUUUUUGUCCACUACCCAUUGGACUGGUCAAAAGUAGUGCACUAUAUAAGGAGUAGGAUGCCAUUUGGGAUGUAUUCUGAGUUAUCUGGUAGUAGCCUGUUGUGCAUAGAGAGGGGCUGAAGAGGACAUUUCCAACCCCGUGCCCCUGCAACAGGACAUGUAACUAAUUUCCUCUCUGGCCUAGUUUAUAGCCUACAUACCUAUGCAUUGAGAAACUGAAUUUUCAUGUAAAUGGACAAAGUAUAUCGUAUCCUACCCUUACAAAAAAAAAAGAUUGCAGUCAGAGUGCAGUGUAACUGCAUCCAAAAUAAGUACAUUUUUACUGGAGUUAUUCUGCAAUUACUGCUUCCAAAAAAUACCACAGUCGACUGCAAUCUUAUUUUGGAACGGUAACUACAAGUAGCUAUGCAAAAUGUUGUUGCGUAACAAAACUACGCAGCCUUGUGAUUUAUAACCGGAUGCAAGAACGCAGGAUAGUCAUUUUGCGUAGCGUUCUUGCGUUGCUUACGUAGGGUAAAAACUCGUCUUCAGCGACAGUCAGUAAACCAACCUCUCUCUGUUCAGUAGUUGUGGGAGAAACUCAAAUGCUGAUUUUGAUAUGCACUUCUGCACACAAAAACAAUAAAAUAUUAUUAUUGCCAAUAUUUACAUGUCAUUUAAAUAAAACACAAAUAAAACAA